AUGUUGAAAGUACACAUUCCGUGCCCUCCUCAAAGCGCAAAGAAGUACAAAAGGUUCGAUUGGUUUAAAGUGGUGCGAGUUUUCUAGGCUAGUUAAAGAGAGUAAUGAAGAAAAAAAAUUGAUGCAAUAAAGGAUUGUUUUGGACAACCUAUUGAAAAUCACUCCAACAUAAUGUGUAUAAACUAAGAAUUACACUGACUUACGGGCUUUUCCUUUACCAGCUUCCACUGUGGCACAAACCAUCCAAGCAGCACCAAUCAGAAUCAUAGCAAUCUUCAUUGUGGAUAAGUGUCUUCUUUUGCACCUCAAAAAUUAAGCUUCUUAUAGAGUAAACUCUUCUCUCACUCAGAUCUGCUGUGAAAUUUGCUUGUAUAUCGUUCAGUAUAUAUUAGACUAAAAAAUAUAAAUAUUAAAAAGAAAGUUCAUAAACCUUUUAUUCCCAAGCAGCAGGAUAUAAAAUCAAAACCAGUCACCGUUCGUUUAAUCUUGUUUUUUAAAAAAAAAAAAUCUGCGCCGCCCUGUCCAGCUUGUAGCUGUCUGGCUUGGCGAUUUCAAAAGAAGUUUCCUUGUUUUAUUCUUUUCAGUUGGGGGUAAAAGUCUCAUUGGACAAUUUUUUAAUCAAUUUUUUAAAUUUGUUUUUGUUUUAUAGAUAAUUUUUAAAAUUUUUGUUUUAUUAAUUUUUAAUAACUUUUUUAAUUGAUUUUUUCAAAUUUUUUUUAAAAAAAUUUUUACAAUUAUUUUUUAAUCAAUUUUUUCAAAUUUUGUUUUAAUUAUUUCUUAGAUGUUUUUUUAAUUUUUUUUAAUUUUAAAUUUAUUGUUUGUAUAAUUUUUCAAUUUCGUAAAUUAUUUUUUUAAAUAAUUUUUUUAAACGAUUAUUUUGAAAUUUUUUAAAAUAAUUUUUUAAAAAAACAUUAUAAAAUUAUUUUUUUAAAACUGAACUAGUGAGCAACACUCUAUGAUCAAUAGUUGUAAAGCUUCUUCAUUCUCCGACGCGUUUCGUCUAAUUGUCGUAGACUUGUUCAGGGAGUAUUACAAGUUAAAACUAAAAGCCUGUAUUUAUAAGUCAUAGCUUGCGGCUACACGCGGAGCAGCCACCAUAAAGACUUGGCCGGACAUACGAAUAGGAACAGGAGUCUCAUUCUGUUUAGGCUGGAGCAGGAGAAGCUCGCCAGCUGCUGUGCGAUGUCAUGGCGCCAAGAGCUGGUAAACCAUUAUUCCAAGCGGUCGUAGAUCAUGAGCAGAAGUUCAAGACAGGUUUCGAAUGACAGCCUUCGAUACCUUUUAAAAUCCUGAGUAUUUAUGCUAAUAGAUUUUCAGCCAACGCACUUAAACACAUACAUCAGCCAUUUGAAAAUCAGAGCAGAGUUUUUGUACAGCGUCGGUAAUGCACGCAUUGAAACCACACCAGCUUCUCCUGCUCCAGCUUGA